CAGGAGACUUCCGGCUCUUCAGCUUCUCCUCCAAUCCACGCAGAGAAAUUCAGUCCGACUCGCUGUCCAAACCUGCAUGCCCAGACUUGUGAGACCCACGUCUUAGUCAUGUGAACCUCCAGGCCUGAGCAAAGACCCUUCGUUCCUGAGAAGAACCGCCCGUGAGGAGGAAAAGCCUUCGGGCUGCUGAAGGCCCAGCAGGAAGAGAGACUCAAUGAAAUCAAUAAGCAAUUCCUGGAUGAUCCCAAAUAUAGCAGUGAUGAGGACCUGUCCUCCAAACUGGAAGCCUUCAAACGUGAGGGGAAAAUUCUAGGGGUGGUGAAGGGGGAGGAAAGGAUUUCCCCAUGAAGGAGAGAGGGAACUGCAGAAACAAAGUUUGCUUUGGGGUGGCUGCCUCUACUGCCGCCCUUCUUAUACUCUGUCCCUGACCUGCCCUUCUCAGCAGCACCUCUAGUUCUCUGCACCUUAACAGGGCCCCUCAACUUCCCAGCUCCCAUGUCCUCUACCCGCCCUACUUCCUCUUCCUGGGGGGCGGGGACCCCACCUAGGCGAGGUCAGCAGCACCCUGCCCCAGCCUGUGACCCUCUGGCCAGUGCUUCCUCUCUCGGCUUUCUCCCCUCACCCAGAGAAAUACAUGGAGUUUGACCUGAAUGGAAAUGGUGAUAUUGAUAUUAUGUCCCUGAAACGAAUGCUGGAGAAGCUUGGGGUCCCCAAGACCCACCUGGAGCUAAAGAAAUUAAUCAAGGAGGUAUCCAGUGGCUCUGGGGAGACUUUCAGCUACUCUGACUUUCUCAAGAUGAUGUUGGGCAAGAGAUCUGCCAUCCUAAAAAUGAUCCUGAUGUACGAAGAGAAAGCGAGAGAACAGGAAAAGCCAACGGGUCCUCCGGCCAAGAAGGCUAUCUCUGAGUUGCCCUGAUUUGUGGUGGGGGAGUUGUGGUGGAAUUGAAGGGGCUUCUAAUGACCCCAACAUGGAAAAAGAAGGCCAACUUGUGAGCCAGAGCCAAUCUAAUUUAAAUAAAUCAUCUUCCGUCGUAUCAAC